GGGUGCCGCCACCACUCCCGAGGGGAGAUGGGAGCCCAGGGCUGCCGUGCCCGGGUGGGUGCCCGGGUGGGUGCGGCCCUCCGGUUCCCUCCCUCCGCCCAUCCACGCUUCGCCUCCUUCAGGGCGCGUCGAGCCACUGAGACAGGAGUUGCUGAAGGGUCUUGGUCCGGGGCAUCAUCUGGUGUCUAUCCCAGUAAAACGGCUGGGUUUUCGCUAGGGCUGUCGCCGGCAGUGGGUGACAGAAUGUAUAGGAGUUCUUCACAAAUCCCUCGCUCGGUUUGCCAUCCCUUCAGAAGAGAUUUGAACACAACUCAUUCAGCCUUGCUGUUGCACAACACUCAGUUAAGUGGAUUGCCAAGUUGCCUUGGAAAAACCCCCACGAUAACUCGUCAGAAGAUGUUUCACAUUUUUCAAUAUCGGCCUUUGAGACUAAUAACCCAAAACAGUCUUUCUAGCAUGUGUUUAAAACUGAUGCUUUCAAGACCUGUUGCAUUUGCACAGAUAUGGAAGUCAUGGUUCUCAAGCCAUUCUCUUCUUGGAAACAAAAAUAUUAUCUUGAUGGGACCUCCAGGUGCUGGGAAAACAACGAUUGGGAGAAUAGUAGGCCAGAAACUAGAUUGCCCUGUCAUAGACAUAGACGACGAUGUCCUUGAAACAUCCUGGAAUAUGAGUGUGUCAGAAAAACUGCAGGACGUUGGUUAUGAGGAAUUUCUAGAGGAGGAAGGAAAAGCCCUGUUGAAUUUUUCAGCAUCUGGAAGUGUCAUUUCCCUUAGUGGGUCCAAUCCAAUGCAUGCUGCUGGCAUGCAGCACGUGAAGAAAAAUGGAGUAGUUGUGUAUCUGGAUGUGCCCACAACAGUCAUUAUGAGCAGGCUGAAAUCAAUGGCAGUGGAUCGCAUCGUGGGCCUGUCUGCUGGUAAUUCUCUCAAGGACAUUCUUCAGUUUAGGAAGCCAUUUUACAAAAGGUGGUACGACAUCCGUGUUUUUUGUGGAGAGGAUGUUGCAGCAGAGGUUGUAGCAGAAAAGGUACUUGAUGCUGUGAAGAGAUACCAAGACUCAGAACUGGAAACUUUCAUUUCAACUCGGUCUAGUAGGUCUGGAAGGAAUAUGGAAAAAGACUCUCAUAAGUAUUUCAGUGACAUCGUUAUUCAGGGCUUAGCCCCUGAUGGAGGACUCUUUGUUCCUGAGAGACGACUUCCAAAAUUCACUGCUGGAGAAUGGCAAGGUCUGAUAGAAGCAACUUACAUUGAAAGAGCUGAGGUCAUACUAGAAAGAUGCAUACAUCCUGCUGAUAUUCCUGCUUCUAAGCUGGCAGAAAUUAUUGGAACUGCUUAUGGUGAAAACUUUAGUUGUUCUAAAGUUGCCCCAGUUAGGCAUUUGGCAGGCAAUCAGUUUCUUCUGGAGUUAUUUCAUGGACCAACAGCAUCAUUUAAAGAUUUUGCAUUACAGUUGAUGCCACAUUUAUUUGCCUCCUGCAUUCCCAGAAGCUGCAAUUACUUGAUUCUGGUAGCUACUUCUGGGGACACAGGGAGUGCUGUCCUAGAUGGCUUUAGUCGUCUCCAUGACACUGACAAACAGAGAAUUGCUGUGAUGAAUUUUUUUCCUGAGGAUGGAGUAAGCCCAAUUCAAAAAUCACAGAUGAUUGGCUGCCAGAAAGAAAAUGCAUGGUCAGUGGGUGUCAAAUCUGAUUUUGAUUUUUGCCAGACAGCUAUAAAGCAAAUCUUUACUAAUUCUGAUUUUACUGGCUUUCUUACAGUAGAAUAUGGAACUGCUUUAGCUGCAGCAAACUCCAUAAACUGGGCACGACUGCUUCCUCAGAUAGUUUAUCAUGCUUCUGCGUACCUUGAUCUUGUUCAUCAAGGUAUUAUUCCUUUUGGAAACCCUGUGGAUAUUUGCAUUCCUACAGGAAACUUUGGCAACAUAUUAGCGGCUUUCUAUGCUAAAAUGAUGGGAAUUCCUAUCAGAAAAUGUAUUUGUGCUUCCAAUGAAAACAAUGUUUUGACUGACUUCAUAAGAACAGGUGUUUAUGAUUUGAGGGGAAGAAAAUUAAUUUCUACUUUUUCAUCAGCAGUAGAUAUUUUGAAGUCCUCCAAUCUUGAGCGAUACUUGCACCUGAUUGCUAAUGAGGAUGGACAACUGGUAACACAAUUAUUUAACCAGCUGGAAAAUCAGGGCCACUUCCAGCUACAGAAGGAUCUACUUGAGAAACUUCAGCAGGACUUAGUGGCUGGCUGGUGCUCUGAGGAGGACUGUCUAGCUGCCAUUCACUCUGUGUACAGUACUACAGGAUAUAUUUUGGAUACGCACACAGCUGUUGCUAAAGUAGUUGCAGAUCGAUUGCAGGAUAGAACUUGCCCAAUUAUUAUUUCAUCUACAGCUCAUUAUUCUAAGUUUGCACCUGCUAUUUUGAGGGCCUUGAGGAUUGCAGAAAUAAACCAGAAUCCAUUAAGUCAGCUUCACUUGCUGAGUUCUUACAGCGCUCUGCCUCCAAUCCACUGGGGCCUAUUAGAGACCCUGAAAAAGACAGGGAAUGGGGAUCAUCAGGUCUGUGCUGCUGAUAUAAGUGUGCUGAUGCACCAUAUAGAAACCUUAAUUCAGAAUCAUUUCAUGAAAGUUUUUUGAGCAACUGAUCCAAUGUCCCCAGUGUCAAUUGCAAUACCUUCUUAACAAGCUGCAUGUUUUACUAGAGCCAUCAUUCACCUGGGCUGUGUCCAGUCCACAGCACACAGUUUUAUACUCAGUUGUCAAGCUUUCAACAGUAUUUGUAAGUAAUGUGUGUGAGAUUUCUAGUGGUGGUGAAAGGCUGUGAAUUGAGAGCGUAAAAGACUGGAAUACCUUUUUGAAGGUCAGACACAGUAGAGAUGCCGGCACUACCGGCUUUCCUUGGCAGUGCUGUCUCCUUCAGAAGCCUGAAGUGUCCUCCAUGGAAGGAGGCAGAUAAUGAAGUCUGACCUUUCUGAAACUAAUAGCUCUGGUUUUGUUGCAACAAUGAUGUGGUCCUUUGGUCUGUGGGUGAUUAAUUAAACUUUAACUCAUUUCACUUAGGGCACUGAAACAUAAUAAGAUACUAUAAUAAUGUUCAUAUGUUACUAAUGAGAAUGGAUUUCACUACAAAGAUUGAAGUGUACUUGUGUUGUUAAUCCCUGAACUGUUGAAGAACCAUUGACUUUUGUGAUAUCUUUUUGUAUAAUGUUUUUUUAUGUAUCAUGAGGCCAGUGUUUAUGUAAAAAAAUCUGGUCUUUUUGUUUUUCACACUUUUUUCUUCCAGAUAUUUUCCUGUGUCAAAUAGAAUACUUGAUUCAAUAUUUUUAAUAUAUUCGAGAUGUGACUCUUCCUCCAAUGUGUUGUGGUCUCUCUCCUAUAUGUUUUCUGUUUGAACUUUCAACUUUAGAAUUCUUUUUUUAAUCCCAUAGAGGAAUCUGCUAGUAGUAUCAGCGGUCUUCUUAAAUAAGAACCAGACCUUGCCUUUUAUUUACAUUUAUUUUUUUGCAUUACAAGUUUUAUCUUUGACAUCAUAGAGCUUUCUUGUUCUAAUUACUUCUAUUUUCCUAUUUUCUUAAGUUAACGUCCUUGAUGUUCUAUUCGGUUCUUACUUUGCAUGAAUUAGUGUAAGAAAGAAGCUUCCCAAAUUGCUUGGCAUCUCUUCAAGGAAAGCGAAGGAUGAAUUCCAGUGUGAUAGCAUCAGAGGUAUUCAUUAUGUAACCUAAAAUAGAUCUGUGUGGUUUUGCUAAUGACAGGCUCUUUAUUGUUUUUUUCUGAAGAAAAAAGAUAGAGUAGGUUGUCCUAGGAGAUCAUGUGGUUAUGGAGAAAUGUAUUCUGGUACCUGGGGAUAUAUUUGGCAAUGACAUAAAAUAAACUACAUUUCACACUAAGAUAUAUGGCGAAAUGAUGUCUUGGCUAGUUUUGAGUGGCAUGCAGUUACAGGUAAAGAGCUGCCUAUCAUCAGAUGGGAGGUCGACUUUCCCACCAAGAUUCGAAUAAUCUGGUAAUUGUUAAUAUUUUUUGCCUCUUUGAUAGGCAACAUUCGCUAGAUGUCAAGAUUCACUUGGGACUUUGAACUGUUAUCAUAUCUGACAGCUUCCUCUGUGUGCCUGCUUGCCGCAUUAGAGGCACCUUCUUGCCACAUUGGAGGUGAAGAAGACAUCGCCUAGUAAACUAUUGUAAAGAAUUGUUGUUUAAAGAAUUUCUUCCGGCCUAAGGUAAAAGACCCAAGCACUUUGCCACAGUGGCUGCAUUAUACAGUAUAAUUAAAUGUAGCUUAUAACAUAGGUGUAACACAAUAGCUUUCUAGGUAAUGCCAUUCUUGGAUACCUUUUUAGAACUUUUGUAGUUCUUUUCUCUGCUCAAUCCUUGUUCACUAUUCCUGCAGUAACUUUGAAAAAUAAGUUUUUGUUUUCACAGAAUCGUGAGCAUCCCAAGUUGGAAGGGACCUCAAAACGUCACCCAGUCCAACCUUUUGUGGGAAAGGGAGCCUAGAUGAGAUUAUCUAGCACCCUGCCCAGGCACGUCUUAAAAACCUCCAGCAGUGGGGCUCUUCACAUCCCUCUGGAGGUUGUUCCACUGAUUGAGUGUCCUCACUGGGAAAAAUUUUUUUCUUAUAUCAAGAUGAACCUUCUCUUGGUGCAACUUCCCCUUUGUCUCCAUGUGUCUCCUUGUGAAGAGAGAGCCUCUGUCCUCUUUCUAGCCGCCACUGAAGUACUGGAAAGCUGAUGAGGUGCCCCCGAACCUCCUCUAGGGUGAAAAGACCUGACUCAUUCAGUUUCCUCAUGUGGCAGGGGAAUUGUCAUUUUCCAGACACAACAUGGGAAAGACCAUAAAUAUGUAAUUUUUAAAAAAAAUCCAAGUUCUGUAAGAAAGAAUUGCAUAAGCAUAUUGCCAAAAAGGAAGCAUUGCUUGUGUCAGUGAUAAGGCACAUCCACCUUGUAUUUCUGUAUGUUUCAGUCUGAUUCUUACAGUACUUCCAAGUGGAAAAAAAAUGUAAUGCUUUCUCUGGAUGUGCUCAGUACAAGACCAGAAUUCUAAAUCUUAAAAGACCCAAACAAAUCCAAACCCAAACAAACCCAGUUGCCUGGACUGAAUUACUGGAACGGGAAUUGGUUUCAGCUUCAGAACUCAGUGGAAAUCCUGCAGUAAUUGGUUCCAUGGGGCUUAAUGCCAUUUGACAUCAUGGGUCAAUUUGUCAUACAGUUACAAUACUUUAAAGAAAUGUCUUCAGAAAAGAGCUUGUUUUCAUAGAAAGUAUCUGAAAGAGAAGGCUGAGGUUCUAAGAUUAGACUAGAAGCCAACAUCCUACCCUGAGAUAACUCACUGCUAGGUAAACCAGUCAGAACUAAACUAGCAGGGGAUUUAUUUUGGCAUGACUCAGUCAGUAUUUCAAAGUUUAUGGCAGUAACUCAAGCUUGAAGUAGAAAGUAUUAGUAAAACUUCCAGUUGCUGUUUUCAUAUUGCAUGAGCCAUAAUAGCAGUUGAUAAAAAUUGAAUAAGUAAAAAAAUGAGCAGUUGUACCUAGUUAAGGGUUUUCAGUGUGGACUUAAGAUCUUUAAAGGCAGUGGUUAAAGAGCACAUAAGGUAUUAAUACAUUUCUCAGAAUGCCUAAACGCUUUUACGUUACAGUAUUUGCUCAUUUUCAAAAAAUAAUUAAUUUCAGUGAACCAUUUUUGUGCGCUACAUCUACUUGUGGAUCCUCAUAAUGGGCACUAUAAAAUGCUGCAGUAGUGUUGUGAUCCUGGAUAUGCACAGUAUUUGUGACCUGGUGCUGAUGCCGUGUUCUGGCAGCUGUCAUGUACAAUCUCCUGGCUUGCUUUGUUCUUCUGGGCCUGGGGAAAUAGAAGAGAAAAAAUUUCCAGUGUACUCAGUGUAGCUGGCUGUGGGGACAUAGGAUAGAGAGGGAAGCAACUCUCCUGUCUUCCCAGCCUGGAUAUUUUUAGUGUUAACAAUAUACUGUGAUUCAACAAACAUUGUGCUACUGUUACUGUCUUUUUUUCUCCCCCACUAUCAGUAUUAUGAAAUAUUCAAAAGACAUUAAAGAGUGGACACAAGUGACCUUUUUUUGCCUUGUGUGUUCAGUGUGCAGACAUUGUGCACACUGAAUGCUGUCGUACAGUAUUUUCUAUUAACUUCUUAAGGUAAAAAUGGUGUGCCAAUGAUACACAAGGGCAAAUCUAUAUGGUGCUGGUUAGGAGGAUUCCUUAAGCCAUUUAGGCUUGCUGAAUACACAGUUUGCUCCUGUUUGUCUAGCGAUAGGAUGUUUCAGUCUCAAUCAAUAAAAGCCAGAUUGACAGAGUGUGAGUGUGCAUAGAUACACAUUUCCACUAGAUACACAUUUUCACUAGCUUUGUUGACCUGGAGUAAAAGCAUAGCUUUAGUUAAGCUGUUAUUCGUCUGUAUAGAUAAAUGUUUGCUGAACACUUGCUACUACAUGAAAAACCUUAAGGAUGAAUGUAACAAAUGUAAGGACAAACGUAAUGUCUAUACUUACACUUUUUAUUACAGGACUGUUUAUGUGUAAAAUACUGUUUUGCUUAUACAUGUACCAGCUGCUCAUUACUUGCCUUUAGUUACAACCUUUCUCAGGGUGACAAAGAGCGAUGUGAGGUAAAGGGUGAAUAGAGCACAUAGGGACAACUUGAGAAGAUAAUUCUGUUUUCUUAGUAUCUUACAAUUCAAAAAUAAUCGCUAUUUAUGUUUUUGAGGCAAUGGAAUAUUUUAGCUGGUGGAACCCUACAGGGAAGAUUCUUGUUUUUCAUGCUGUCAGCUUUGCUCUUCAAGGACAUCAAGAACACACAAUGCUAUUAAGUAUAUAAUGUUUGGCAUUCCUGAAAUAUGCAUUACUCAUUUGUAUCCACCAUAUUUUUUUCCAAAUAAAACUGCAGGAUCCACGCUGUAGCACUUUCUUUGUAAAUAUGUUUGUAAAUCCUUAUCAAUCUGAUAUAAAGAAAAUCCACUAAAAGAAGUGGGUUUUAGAGUUUGAUAUUCUUAACUCUUGAAAGAUGUGUUCCAUCCUGCGUUUCCUUGAAAGCUAGAUGUAUAGUAACCGAUAAUCUGGUAAUUCACUUUGCUGAGACUGAGAUGGUUAGUGAGAUAAUUUGCAUCGUUCUGGAAGGAAAGUAUGUAUAGAAAAGAAUCCCACAUCCAAAAUAGCAAAUGUCUAAACACUGUUUAUGUUGCACACAGACUUACCUGGUACUGCAUGGAAAGCCUACUGUAUUUUGAGGAAUUAGUAUGGAAAAGGAAAUCUCUGACUGUUUAAUCUUUCUUAUUCACACUUAGUUCAGUAGAGACAUGAGCUGGUUGUCUUAACAACUGUGGACCAACCUUCAUUCACUUGGAAUAUUAUUUCAGGAUCAUGGGCUUAAAAAUCACUUGAAUAGUUGAAACAGCGAUGAGUGGUUAAUGUGAGUGAAUUAAAGUGAAUGGCCAGUUGAUUCUGAACAUGUAUUAGCAGCUUAAGGAGGAUUUAAAUGUUACUGUGUUUUUCCACAGGAGUUAUAAAUGUACUCAGCAUGCUUAUCAGAACUGGGAAACAUGCAGGGUAUCACCCAAAAAUGUAAAAUUCAUCAUGACAAUAAUUGAGUCAAACUGGAAAGAUUGAGCAGAUUUGUUAUGUGAGUUCACACAGGAUUUGGCUCUUGACCAUGAGUUUGUUAAGAACACCGGAGGGAAUAAAAUAAAAGUAAAAAAUCUACAGAUGCCACAAAACUUAAAUACUAAGGAACUACUUAAAGAGAGUAAGAUGAAUUGCUUGGUAGGGAGCUGUAAGCAACUUGCAUUUCACUGUGGCCUAAAAUGGACCUGUGUUUGUACUAGCAUGGAGGUUUGAGAACAUACUUAGCAAGUAGAACAAUUUGUGGUAGGAAAUGCUGACUUGGAACAAUGUGUGGAGACAAUGUGCAAUUCUCAAGUGAACAUGAAUUUUCAGCAUGCCUUGCAGCCAAAAGGGCCGGUGAGAUCCUGAGGUUUAGAAAUGGGAAUACUGUCAGGGAAGUAAUAUUGCGGACUGUAUUUGACUCUGGUGUAACCUUUUGAAAGAAUGCUAUGCCCAAUUCCAGGAGUCAUAAUUUUCAGUAGUGCUGGGAAGUUGGACAGAAAAAGCCAUGAGAGCAAUAAGAGGAUUAAAAAAAAGCACUGGCAUGAGAGUCUCAACAAACAGAAUUUGCUUAGUUUAGUGAAAGAAUUAGCCUAGACAAAACGUCUUUGGACAAAAAAAAAAGUAUAAUAAGGAACUGUUCCAUCUAGCAGUGAAAGAGUGAUCCAGCAAUUCUAAGUAGAAGUUGGACAUGUUACAAGAAGGGAUAAAGGUACAUAACAGAAUGGUAAAGACUUCCCUGUCUGGACAUGUUAGAUGAUUUCAUGAAAAAAUGUGAUUUGAUAGAAAGAGGACCAAUUCAGGCAAGUCAGAUCCAUGUUACACAACAGGUCAAAGCAAAUAAUCACAAGUCAUAUUUGGCUACCCCAGGAGUAACUUGUCUGCUGAUAGAAUUUCACAGGGGUUUGGGAGCCAGAGAUUGUGAACUCAUUUCAGUUCUGCUGUAGUGUAAUCAGUACACAGAACAAGUUGUGUGCUAAAUAGGCUACUGGAUACGUUUAGCCUUGUUCUUUCUGUCUCUAGAGAAUUGCAAAUGGUCUACUAAUGCACACUCUGACUUGACUCAUGGCUAUUAGGAUAUGGCUCAUUAGUUUUAAAUUUCAUUAUACAAUAAGUCCUGUGAUGGUUUGGGCUAUAUAUACUUUCAUUAUGAAAAUGAGGUGAACAGACACAGAAGGAAAGUGCCUGUGUAAAUGUCAGCUUUAUUGAAUGUAGCUAACUUAUUUAUUUUUCCAAGCUUUUAAAAGUUAGAGAUCUUUUAAGGUUUAUUAGAUGCUCUUGGACCCCUUUUUUCCAUUCUCGUUUACCUGGCAUUUCUCUGUACUUUCACAAGCAAGUUGCAAUACAGUGGCUAUUUUCAAUUCAUUUUCAGCUCAUAACAGGAUCUAUAUAAGACAAAAUAAAAAAUCCAGUGUUUCCUUAUUUAUAGUUAAACUCGACCUUGUAUAUACCAACCAAAGAUGCCCCAUAAAGCUUAGAGAAUUUAAAGUGUGCUCAUAGGGUUCUGCUCUAGCAACAUAUUAUGAGAAAAAUGUAUUUUCUAUACAUUUUAGAAUAAUUCACUAAAUUAUAUCUAAAUAGAUUAAGCAUUUAAUGGACUUUUUUACUCAGUACAUGUGGCAAUCUGAUUCUGUUUAAAAUGCUAAUAAAUGCAUCCCAUCUCUAAUGAAACUAGUGCUCCCUGCAUAAUUAAUUAGCAUUUAAUACAGAUGAGGACAGGAAAGCCAUAUUCACAGUCAUUUUUAACCAGAAUAGUUAAUAAAAGAAUUCUUCACAGUUCUGAAAGGUCACACGUGAAUAGCUCAUUUCUCCAAAACGGGUAUUUUUUUGCAAGUAAAAAUUUUAGUGAAGUUUACCUGGAAUCAUUGGUCCAUACAGCUUUUAUCCACAAGGUGGCAUUCCUAACAGGAGUUUACAAGACAUGGUAAUUUCUUGCAGUUUUUGAAGAGCUCUAAGCGAAAGGCAGUCAUGAGCAUUUGUAAUGUUAUAUGAGAUUUAUAUGUUUUAAUUUUUAUAAAAUGUAAUUAACAGUAAGUCAGAAACAUUAAUGAUAAUUAGUUUAAUACUGAUUGAUAUGUGGAGUACCCAGAAAUAUGUAAUGGUUCCAGGUCAGCAAAACAGCAUAUAUUAAUUCAUGGCAUUAUAUGCUACUAUGGACACUUUCCAACGGUAAAUCUGGAAUGAAUUUUGCUUUAAUAAAAGAAUAUAAAAUAAUUAAAAAAUCAAUUAUUUAAAUCAAGAGCACAAAUAAUAUCAUGGUCUUAUAUGCAAAACCCCAGUGUUUGGGGUUUUGGUUAUGGUGCAGCUUUUAGUGAAUGCUGGGUUAAAGAAGAGCACAUGACAGUAUUCACAGGGGAGGAUUUUUCAUAGCUUAAUGUUACAAUGACCAAGAAGCAUAUUUUCAGAUGCCUGCCAUCCAGGUUGGUCACUGAGCCCACAGGCAGCCCUGCUUUCUUUCAGGCUUUAUAUCUUCUUCACUUUCUUGUAAUCUUUGCAUGCUAUAUAUAUGUAUAAAAAGAAUACAUUGCUUGUUAUUCAUUUUAUACAAGCAUGAAGGGAGUAUAAUACAACCUGCUAAACCAAUCCAAGUGUACUAGGUUUUAUAUAACAGGGACAUGCAUAUUAUGCUUUUCUCCCCCAUGGGUAAGGUCCUGAUCUUACUUUUGCUUCUUUUGCUGACUCUGUAAGAUCAGACCUGAGCUAAGUAAUCAUUUCUGUUUCCAUUUUAGCUAGUGCCCUAGUUGCAUUUUGUUUCGAAAAAAAGCUAUAAUCUAAAGUUUAUGCUUAAACUGGAAUCCAGUGUAAACUGUGGAUUUUUUUUUUCAAGUCUGUUUCAAGUCAACAGAAAGGGAUACGAUAGAGUAGUUGUUUAUUUGUUUGUUUGCCUUAUUGUUUUGUGGUAGCAAAAAUUCUGUGGUGUCUUUUCUAAUGCAUGUGUACAUUUCCUGUUAAUCCUUCUGCUCCACGUGCUGCCCCCCACUGAUGCCAGAGCCCUCUGGUUUUGCUUCCUAUCAUUUAACACAGCUGAGAGGAUGGAGUAGCAGCUACAUCCACUGCUGACACUAAUGACAGUCUUUGCUGAGUGACAGGGUACUACUUUGACAUUAAGCAGAUAUUCUUUUUCCUAACAUGCUGUUGUACCUCUCUCAUUUCUCAAAGAUGGCUAUGCAAAGCAGAAUAUGAAUUCUUGUUCACUGAAAACAACAGUCAAAAAAACCCCCACUUUCAGAAUGAUCGGGCAGGUAGAACCUACCUGCUGGAUGAAUCUGGCUCAAGGACUGCAGAGACAAACCUUCUGAGUUAUUAUUGUCUCAUGAUGACUACCAGUAAAAUUUGAGGGCCUGAACAUGUCCCAUAUACUGCAAAUUUUAAAGAAAUGUGGUGAAAAUGUCUAUUUCAAGGGUGUGGAAAUGGCUGGACAAAGAAAGUUAUACAUAAUAAUUAGGAAAUGUUGAUGAGGAAGUAAAUAAUUUGUGGCUGUUACUUUUCAAGUUACACAUUGAAUUUUCUUUGUAGUAGUUAGGCAUAGCACUAGGUGAGUAGAUGGGGACAAGGUUCCUCUGAGAAGAGCAACAAGCCAGUCCUAGGGAGGAGGUUUAAAAAUAGGAAAAACAAAUGUACUGAGGAAAGAAACAUUCUCUGCUUUGAUGACUGCCAUGUGGAAAGGGCUUGUAGUGAAGGAUAGUCUGUAAACAGAACUAUACACAGCUAAACAAGUGAAGAGGUUAGUCAAGGUAAUGGCAGGGUUCAGGGUCCCCCAAAAAGCCAUAAUGUGUAGGGUGCGAUGGACACCACCAGUAGAAAUCAGUGGUCUUGAGCAUUGCUGAUGUUGCUUCUGGGGCAUCUCAUGAUGUAGGAUCAGAUGGAUAUGCACUCCAACUCCCAGAAAUGUGGGAAAGAGAUUGCACUGAAUUUGUCCUUUUGCCUUAGUUAUAUGACAGCAACUAAGAGUUCAUAUAACCAAGAGCUUGCAGGUAACACUGUCAGAAAAAAAACAUCCAUAAUGACUGCAGACAAAUAAUAGUCCUGAUACUUUAUGAUGGAUCUGCAAAUUACUUUAUUAGUACAAAGCACGUCAGGGGCUAAUUUGAUGCGGUUUAUUGUUUGCAAGAGGUGGAUUAUAAAUGUUGGGAAUUGCAUCUUAUGUAACUGCUGCUGGGUAGGCAUAGGUAUGAGUAAGUGUGAACUGGGAAAGGAAAAUGAUACUGGGAACUGUAACCACAAGUAUUAUCACUUCCCAUAUGUAACAAACUUUUGCCUAGGGCAAGGAAGCACAAUUACUGACAGAAGCUGUGUUUGUUCAUGCAAGUGAUUUUAUUGCUCUAAGUGAUUUAUCACUGUGGAUUAUGUUUUUUGAUGAAAGACUUUUCUGGAAUAAUUGUACUCAAAAGGAAAUGAGUUGUUUACCUUCAACAGACAACCAGGUCUGUCCAUUGAAAAUAAGUUACAUUUUUAAAGGACUUUUGUGAGGGUUUUUAAUUGGUGGGAUACAAUGGGCCAUUAUGCAACAUGGGGGUUUGCUUCCCCAAGUUAGUAACAUAAUCUCUUUCUCUCUCUCCCUUUCACUUCCUUGGUCUCAGAAAUCUAGAACUACAGAUUUUAGAAAAUCAUCAGAUACUUAAAUAUUUCAUAUACUUCCAAAUUAUAUGAUUUCACUUCAUCUAUUAUCAAAAGAAUAUGCUGGAUUCUCUGAAUUUAUAUUAGAUGCUGAAGAUACAUCCUCAAACAGUCCUCAUUUCCUUUUCAAAAAGAUGUUACAUUUUCAAAUUGUGCAGCACCUGCAUUGCCAGAGUCUCUGUUCCUUGUGCUCCUGGAUCAUUGAUGGUAAAGCUCUUACUUUCUUAUGCAUUUAUAUUGUUGUAAAAAGAAAUAGUUAUAAGUACAGGUACCUUCCUUCUCAGAGGCAUCUGAAUGCAAAACAGGCACAGUUAUCCACUGUGGUACUUUGGCCUGACAUGACAAUUACUUUACUAAAGGCAAAUCAAACCUAAUACCCAGUCAACCUCUGUUCAAAUGCACAGUGGCAAAGCUGAGCUGGAAGAUACCAAGUGCAAAGUGAACUUUGCUGUAUAGAGCUGUAUAGAGCCAGUAUAAAAGCCAGUUGAAAACUACUUCACAAACUACUAAGAUCUGUGUAGUGCCCAAUACCACAAAUUGUUACUCAUUUCCGCAAGGCACAGCUGACAGCUGAUGGGGGAAAUGAAGAAAUAUAAAUUACUUUUCUUUUUAAAUCUGUCCAAAAUAAAAUUUGCCUUCUGUGAGCACUUAGCUACUUGUGCUAAGCCUUGGGGUGAAGAGUGGGUCUCCCACCUCCCAAGGUGGUGGCUCUUUUGUCAGUUCCAGGGCAGCAGAAGAAUCAUCUUCAGUGAUGAGAUUUUUUUCCUUGUAUUAAUGCAUGAUCUGUUUCAUAAAUCAAAUUACAUAUAAAUGAAACAGCUUAAAAGUAAUUGUGCAGCUGAGCAACUGAUGAGUUAUUGUGCCUUAUGGCUGCUGUGGCUGUGUGGGUAAGCACAAAAAAGACAAAAAUUGGUCUCUUUAACCUCCAGUGUCCCUUCUAUCUCCCCAAUGAGUUUUCUGUCACUUUAAUUUAGGAUGUAUUUUGAUCAACUUAUGAAAUCAAUUAUAUGAUACAUUUGUCUCCAAUUCCCCAGAAACAAUUAUCCAGUCCUGUGUUCCUAAAUUCCCUCCUGUACGCUGCCUUACUAUUUUUUUUGAUAGCUGUAAUAGAUGUUGUUAGUGAUGAUGCUGUUUGUAGAUCUGGUUUUAGAGGUUAGACGGAAGAAUUAAGCAACAUUUGGAGUGUCAUUGAGACCACCUUGGUAAUUUUUUUUUGGUUUGCAAAGCAGAUGUCUCUGUAAUGCACUCAAAUUCUUCACCGUCACCCAUUGUCAAAGUCAUUUCAGCAUAACUAUUUUUUAAUUCUCUAAGCCUUUUCAUGGAAUAAUUUAAAAUCAGUCUUUGUAGGAUAAAUUUAACUCUAUAUUACAACUCAAAAUACCAGAAUCAUAAAAUUUAGAAAAAAUAUUCUUGUAAUAAGCAUUUUGUAAUUAAUUUAAUUAAGUUUCUUCCAGGGUGAUACUUGGACUGCAAAUCAAGAGUUUUAUUUCCCUUUUGGCCUCUGGUAGUUAAGAAAGCAGAAGGACAUUGGACAAAAGGGACUACCUGGACAAUUUAAGCUGGAGUGCAAGAAGGAGUCCAGGUGCCUUUAUGCCACAAGAAGUUUAAACAAUGUUCAGCUGUGAACCAGGACCCGGAAUAAUAAUGCAAAGCAAAUGCCUGUUGACAUAUACAACCUGUCUCAGGGGAAUGAGAGUGUGUUAGAGGGCUGGGAAGAUCCCUAAAACCAAACUGCAGAUGCCAAGCCUGAGUUUGAGGUCCAGGAGAGGCCUGUCCAGAAUCACCUGUGUGAUUGUUGCUACAGCAGUACUAAUGCAUCCUCCCGAGUGCAGAAAUUGGAGAAUUUUGCUGCCCUGCCAUGGGGAGCAGGGUAAAAGAGCUACCCCAAGAAGUGACUCUGUCCAAAUGUGAACAUGAACAGAACAUCAUGCUUUCCAAAGCAAUUACAAUUCUCAUUCACUCUUUUCCAUCUCCCUCACGCUUGCUGUGUGUAAUGAAGCUGAAAGACAACAAGGGACAUGGUCACUGGAGAUACUUGUCAAGCCUGUGACUGAAGCUACUGAUGUUCUCUACUAAUGUGCCACGUGAAAACUUGGGUAAAGAAGUGCUACAGUUCCAAAGUCAAACAUUCAGUUACUAUGAAAUAACCAAGUCAUAUCUUCCAAGGCAGCUUGGAAUUGAGCUUCCUUAGCUCAAUUUUCCUAUUUAUGCACAUUAUAAUAUAGUAUUUAAUUAUGUCGUCACAGAUAAGUUACUCCUGAAAUUUCCUCCUAAUAACUUCUCUGAGCAUUUGUGUAUCUAUGUAGCCCUUAGAGCAGGGCCUUUAUUUUUCCCAGAGAGCAUUGUGUUAGAACCCAGCAGAGAGAGAUUUGAUCUAAACUCUUGAUUUCCUAAAGUCUCAGAGGCAAAGUCAACCUGGCAUGACAGCCCUUAGUGAGGAGAGCUGGAGGCUUGGCCCACAAAGUACAAAGUGGAGCUAUGUGUCUGUCUAUCCCAUCCACUUCUCCCUUACAUUUUGCUAGAAGUACAGUGACCAAAGUGAUGGCCCAGUGCUUCCCCAGCAAUUCAGCCCCACCACUUUCUGAUUAACCAAAAGCCCCUUGCCCAGUUGGAAGAGCCCAUCUGUGCUAGCUGAGGAUUGAAGAUUUUAUUUUGCUCUAGAGAAAGGAAAACGGCAGUGUGGUUUUAAAUCCUUUCACAGAGAAACGGUAUAGAGCAGGUGGCCAAACACGCUAAGGAGGACUUUGGACUCAGGCCAUGGCUGGUCUGAGACUGGGAGGUGUCAGGAAACACCUUGCAAAACACUGGGAGUAAGAGCGGACAGCAGCUCUGCAAUUUUCAUUUUCCUUUCGGCAGUAGCUAAUUAGUCUCUGUGUAAGGAACGGGUUUCUGGUGAAAAGCAAAGCCCUGCACUGGCUGUUACCAAGCAAUUAUUCAUUGCCAUUCAAGCAAUUAUUGCUGCCUCUGGGACAGCAGCUACUUUCUACUUUGAGAAACACCGGAGACAACUUUCCAUUAAGCAGUCACUCUUGUUUACAGGAAAAUGCACAAAUAAAUAAUAGAAAUAAUCUACCAA